AGGAAAAGAUACAAGUUUGCGUGUAACUUUUGGUAUUUUUUCAGAGAGAGAGAAAAUUGUUGAUUUGGAUUAUUGGUUUCCCUUUGCUUCGAUCGGAAUUCGGCUUCUUCUUCUUCAGAAAUUUCCGAUCUUUGAGCCGUAUUCUCCCAUGGCCACCAGUGGAAACAAGAACAUCAAUGCCAAAUUGGUGCUUUUGGGAGAUGUUGGAGCUGGAAAGUCUAGUCUAGUAUUACGCUUUGUAAAAGGACAAUUUGUUGAAUUUCAGGAAUCAACAAUAGGAGCUGCCUUUUUCUCACAAACAUUGGCUGUAAAUGAUGCAACUGUCAAAUUUGAGAUUUGGGAUACAGCUGGUCAAGAGAGAUACCAUAGUUUGGCUCCCAUGUAUUAUAGAGGAGCUGCUGCUGCAAUAAUUGUGUACGAUAUAACUAAUCAAGCCUCUUUUGAGCGAGCCAAAAAAUGGGUUCAAGAACUUCAGUCACAAGGCAAUCCAAAUAUGGUUAUGGCACUAGCUGGGAAUAAAGCUGAUCUGCUAGAGGCGAGGAAGGUCACUGCAGAGGCAACACAAAUAUAUGCUCAAGAGAAUGGCCUUUUCUUCAUGGAAACCUCUGCAAAAACAGCAACCAAUGUGAACGACAUUUUCUAUGAGAUAGCAAAGAGACUACCACGAGUGCAGCCGGCACAGAACCCUUCAGGAAUGGUCCUCAUGGAUAGACCCGCCGAAAGGGUUGCAAAUGCGUCUUGCUGUUCUUGAGAAUCCUCUGGUGCUCCACUUCCCUGUACCUCACAAUAUCUCUUGUGAUGCACAGUAAAAAAAACUAUCUUUUAGAUUCUAUCCAGUUUUCCUUUAUUUGUACAUUUGUUCAGAACUGUACAUCCAUGUUUGUUUAGAGUGAAAAAGCUUGUGGAGAAUGUCGUGUGAAUGCUUCUGGGUUACAGAUAUUGAUUACGUAUUUGUCACA